AUGUCCUUCUUCCGCAUCCAACUGCACCGCUCCGCCAUCGGUCUGCCCGAGCGGACGCGGGGCGUCCUCGCCGCCCUGGGCCUCCGGAAGAGGACCCAGACCGUCUUCCACCCCGUCACGCCCCAGUUCGCCGGUAUGAUCAUGAAGGUCAAGGAGCUGGUCACGGUCCGGGAGGUCGACAAGGCCCUCAACUCCAAGGAGAUGCGCGUCGAGAGGAGGCCCGAGAGGGGGUUCUGGCUUGAGACCCCGGCCACGAGGGUCGGCGUGGUGAGGCCGUUCAGGGAGAACAACGUGUAA